CUUUGCAUAAUCUGCGUGGUUUAUGUUUUGUUUCAGGAAUGCAGUAAAAAACAGAAGAAUGACGAUACACAGAGUACAUCUGUUGAUGCACUGAGUACAAACCAUGGCUUUGAAGAGAAAAAUGAGUUUGAUACAUUGGCUAAUGCUAAAAUACUCCUUAGCGACUGCUUAGCAUGUGACAGUUGCAUGACAUCGGAAGAAGGAGCCAGAGUUUUCCAGCAGAAUCAGAAGGAGUUCUUUCGUGUUCUCAACCUUAAUAAGAAAUGUGAUACCUCAAAACACAAAGUGUUGGCAGUGUCUAUAUGCCCUCAGUCAUUGCCUUAUUUUGCUGCUAAAUUCAAUCUCUCUGUGAAUGAAGCAGCCAAGAGACUCUGUGGUUUCCUCAAAAGUCUUGGGGUGCAUUAUGUAUUUGACACCACCAUAGCUGCAGAUUUCAGUAUCCUGGAGAGCCAGAGGGAAUUUGUGCAGCGGUACCAGCGGAGGAACCAGGAGGAACAUGCCUUACCAAUGUUUGCCUCUGCCUGCCCUGGCUGGAUUCGGUACGCCGAGAGAGUCCUCACCAACCUGGUGACGUCUCACAUUUGCACUGCAAAGUCUCCACAGCAGAUCAUGGGCUCCCUAGUGAAGGGCUACUUUGCCAGGCAGCAGAACUUGUCUCCUGAUAAAAUUUUCCAUGUAGUUGUGGCACCUUGUUACGACAAAAAGCUGGAAGCCUUGCGGGAGGAUUUCUACACUGCCUUGUAUAAUUCACCAGAAGUUGAUUGUGUUCUGACAUCAGGUGAAAUUGUCCAAAUAAUGGAAGAGAAAAAUGUGUCUAUGAAAGAUGUGACUGAAGUAGCUGUAGAUAGUUUGUUUGAUGAAAUAAAGGAGGGAGAUGUAGUAAGGCAUGAGGGGAAGAGAUCUGAUGGUUACCUGGAGCACAUUUUUAAACAUGCUGCAAAGGAACUUUUUGGCAUGGAUGUCAAGGAAAUCACCUACAAAGCAUUAAAGAACAAGGACUUUCAAGAAGUUACCCUUGAGAAGGAUGGGGAGACAGUGCUGCGUUUUGCAGCAGCUUAUGGCUUCAGAAAUAUCCAAAACAUGGUCCUGAAGUUGAAAAAAGGAAAAUUUUUGUAUCACUUUGUAGAAGUCCUUGCCUGCCCAGGAGGGUGCCUGAAUGGCAAAGGUCAGGCCCAGACUGAGGAUGGCAAACCAGACAGAGCCCUCCUUGCCCAGAUGGAAGAGGUGUACACUGCCAUUCCUGUCAGGCUUCCAGAGACCAACCUGCACGUGCAGAAGAUGUACCAGGACUGGCUGGAGGGCAUGGACUCUAAGAAGGUGCAGGAAACUUUGCACACCACGUACAGUGCAGUCAAUCAAACAGUGAGCAGUUUGGAUAUCAAGUGGUGAGAACUCCAA